AUGGCUAGCCCUAAUGUUCUUACCUUUGAUACUGAGGGUCGUGCGGUUGACUUCGACGUUUGGGUAGAUGACCUGCAGCUCUUUCUUCAGUGCGAAUCUAAGGAAGGAGUCUCGCUUUUCGAUCACACGUCCGGCGUCUCUGCUGCACCUGCUGCCAGUGCUGGCAGUACCAUUCGCUCGCAGUGGACUACUCGUGACGCUGUUGCUCGCCUUGCUGUUCGUAGUCACCUGCCGUCUGCUGAGCGCGCGCACUUUGGCCAGUACAAGACUGCUAAGUCUUUGUAUGACGCUGUCGUAGCGCGCUACUCCUCCCCUGCCACUGCUGCCCUCAGUCGCAUCAUGCUGCCGUACCUGUUCCCUGACCUGGCCGCCUUUCACACAGUUGCUGACCUCAUUACGCACCUCCGCACUAGUGACGCCCGCUACCGCGCUGCGCUUCCCUCCGAGUUCUGCGCCAAGACCCCCCCCCCCAUGUACAUCACCCUCUUCUACCUAGUCACCCGUCUCCCUGACUCUCUUUGCUCAGUCAGGGACUACUUUCUCUCCCUUUGCCCCAUCGAGCUCACCGUCGACCUGCUAGAGGAGCGCCUCACUGCAGCUGAGAAGAGCACAGUUGCUGUAGGUGCUUCUCGUGGCGACCCUCGCGCCCCUUUCUUUGAGGGGUGUUCCCCCGUUCCCCUUCUGCCCUCUGUUGCUUCUGCUGCUGCUGUCGACCUCGUUGGCACUGAGGAGGUCGGGGCUGCGACUGCUCCUAGUGGGAGGCGCCGCAGCGGCAAGGGCAAGGGGGGCAAGGGUGGUGGAGGGGAUGGGGGGGCGGCGGUGGAGGCGGUGGAGGAGGCGGAGGGGGUGGCGGUGGAGGUGGGGGUGGUGGCGGGAGUGGGGGAGUCGGUAGCGGCGGUGGAGGUGGUGGAGGCAGCGGCAGCGGCGGUGGAGGCAGCGGUAGCGGCAGUGGAGGUGGCGGCGGCGGUGGUGCUGGUCGAGGUGGAGCCGCGCAGCGUGGAGGCUUUGGCGGUAGCCAGCGCCAGCAGCAGCCGCGUUCCCGUGAGACCCUGUCACCCCAGCAGCUUCGUGAGUGGUACGCUGGGCGUGGGAGGUCUGGGGGUGCUGGUCCCUGCACUUACGUUCUCCGCACCGGCGUGCGCCAUGGGGAGACGUGCGGACUGCCACACACUACGCAGCGCUUCUGGUGUUGCUAUCUUUGAUCUUGAUUUCGAUGCUAUCCUUGCUGCCAUGUAUGCUGUGACUGAUAGUGCUGAGGGUGACUGUUACCUGUGUGUUCCGCCCGACCCGGGCAUUGAGGCUGCUGCUCUAGGUGCUAGUGAGUCUGCUGCUCAAGGUGCUAGUGAGUCUGCUGCUCCAGGUGCUGGUGAGUCUGCUCUCUCUGGUACUGCGCAUGCUGAGGCCUUGCACACCUUCACACUUGACUCAGGUGCUUCCCACUCCUUCUUUCGCGACAGCACCACACUCACGCCGCUCAGUCGGCCGGUUGCAGUCUCCCUGGCGGACCCCUCUGGGGGCCCAAUCCUUGCGCACUCCUCCACGGUUUUGCCGUGUCCGGCGGCCCCGUCGGGCUCACUGUCGGGUCUUCACCUCCCCUCGUUCUCUACGAACUUGGUGAGUGGAGCUGACCUCCAGGACGUGUGGGUUGACCAGUUCACUCCUGGAGGUCAGCGUGUGACCCACUGUACGUGCACUCGGACGGGCCGCCACCUGGCCACGUUCACCCGUCGGCCGGGGUCGAGCCUGUACACACUGACUACUGAGUCUCCUCCGGUUGCUGCGUCUAGUCAGGUAGCCGCGUCUGGUCAGGUGUUUGCUGCCGCGUCCAGGUCUGGUCCGGAGUCUGCCCCCUGCUCGUGUCAAACUCUGUCACACGAGACUCUCAUUUGGCACCACCGCCUUGGUCACCCCUCCCUGCCUCGUCUCCGAGGUAUGGCCUCCCGUACCUUUGUCUCUGGUCUUCCCCGGUCUCUCCCUCCCCUCCCACCGGGGCCUGCCCCUACCUGCGUUCCUUGCGUCGAGGGACGGCAGCGCGCCGCUCCUCACUCCUCCGAGUUCCCUCCGACGGAGGCUCCCAUGCAGACUCUCCACAUGGACGUGUGGGGCCCAGCCCGCAUCCGUGGACAGGGUCACGAGCGUUACUUUCUGCUGGUCGUUGACGACUACUCGCGUUACACCACAGUCUUCCCCUUGCGCCGCAAGGGUGAGGUCACUGAGGUGUUGAUCGACUGGAUCCGCGCUGCCCGUCACCAGCUCAGCGAGUGUUUCGGCUCGGACCUUCCUGUUCUGCGUCUGCACUCCGACACAGGGGGUCAGUUUUCCUCCGACCUUCUGCGGGCUUUCUGUCGUGCGGAGGGCAUCCACCAGACGUUCACGCUUCCGGCCUCCCCACAGCAAAAUGGGAUUGCUGAGCGCCGCAUUGGCAUGGUCAUGGACGUCGCUCGCACGUCCAUGAUCCAAGCGGCUGCUCCCCAUUUUCUGUGGCCGUUCGCAGUCCAGUACGCUGCGCAUCAGCUCAACCUCCAGCCUCGUGUCUCCGUGCUGGAGACCACACCUACUCUGCGGUGGACGGGGAAGGUUGGCGAUGCGUCUGUGUUCCGUAUCUGGGGAUCUCGAGCGUUUGUCCGCGAUUCUUCCGCGGACAAGCUGUCCUUCCGUGCUGUUCCCUGCGUCUUCCUUGGCUUCCCCCCUGACGCGCCUGGUGCUCCUCCGGUAGACCCCCUCCCCCCUCAGGGUCCUGCCCCCUCAGGUGUGUCCCAGGUAGACCCUGUCGAGCCUGUCGAGGUAGCUGUUGACUCAGGUGCUGCUAGGGGUGCUGAGCCUGCGGGUGCGGGGCCUGGGGGUGCUAAGCCUGGGGUUGUUGAGUCUGAGGGUGCGGAGCCUGGGGGUGCUGAGCCUGAGCAUGCGGAGCCUGGAGGUGCUGAGUCUGGGGGUGCUGCGCCUGGGGGUGCUGAGCCUGAGCGUGCUGAGUCUGGAGGUCCUCCGGGUGUCUUGUCCCGGCGGGAGCCCCUCUCUCCACAGCAGCUGCGCGAGUGGUACGCUCGGCGCUGUAGCCGUGCUGCUGGAGCUGGGGGGUCUACCGCUGGAGGUGCUACCAGAGCUGGAGCUGCUGGAGGUCCUGCUGGUGCUGUAGCUGCCGGAGGUGCUCGUACUGGAGGUACUGGAGCUGCUAGAGCUGGAGCUGCUGGAGGUACUGUUGGUGCUGGAGCUGCUGGAGGUGCUGGAGUCGCUGGUCCCGGAGGUGCUCAUACUGGAGGUACUGGAGCUGCUGGAGUUGGAGCUGCUGGAGGUACUGCUGGUGCUGGAGCUGCUGGAGGUGCUGGAGUCGCUGGUCCCGGAGGUGCUCGUACUCGAGGUACUGGAGCUGCUGGAGCUGGAGCUGCUGGAGGUACUGCUGGUGCUGGAGUUGCUGGAGCUGGUGGUGCUGCAGGAGUUGGAGCUGGAGGCGCUGGAGCUGUUGCUGCUGGAGGUGCUGAUGGAGCUGGAGCUGCUGGAGGUGCUGGAGCUGGUGGUGCUGCAGGAGUUGGAGCUGGAGGCGCUGGAGCUGUUGCUGCUGGAGGUGCUGCCGGAGGUGCUGCUGGAGCUGCGGACCCUGGAGCUGGGGGUACUGGUGCUGUCUCUGCUGGUUCUGGAGGCGCUGCGCGGCCGCGCCCGUACUUCGUUCCACUCCUUCAGCAGGUUCUUGGCCUCCCGCCAUCUACUGGUCCUACUCCUCCCUUACUGUGUCCACCGCCUGACCAGUCGCAGUCGCAGUUACAGCCAGCCUCUCUGCUGCCUGGUCCUUCUCCUUACUCUGGGCCGACUAGGGGUCUUACGGAGCGUCGUGAGCCUGAGUCUCGUCUUGCAUCGCCUGUUCGCACUGUUCGCACUGGUCGUGUUCCGCGUCCGCGUCCGCCAGCUGUCCCAGGCACGCACCGGAUGGCACUCCGUCCUUCCACUGCUCCACAGCGUGUCCCUCUUCCGUCUCCUCCUGCGUCCUCUCUUCCUGACGUCCCUGACCCGCCGUCAGACCGUGCUCGUGCUGCCAGUCCUACUGUCACGCGUCUUCUAGCCACUGUUGUCACUGACCCUUCGUUUGAGUCCACUGCUGCGUCUGCCCUAGUUGCUGAGCUUGUUGACUUUGCUGCCGCCUGUCGUCUAGACUACGCCGCUAGUCUUGUUGCUGAGUCUGAGUCUGUCUGUCCUCCGUCCGUCGGGGGUGAGUGUGCUCUUGGCACGGACGUCCUUGAGGACAGGCAGGAGUACUUUGAGUGUUUUGCAGCUGCUGUACCUCAUCUCGUGUCCAUGCUGGUUGCACCUGAGGGAGACCCGAAUGCACCAGACAUCCCGACCCCGCGCUCUUACGCAGAGGCGAUAGAGGGUCCCUACUCCUCUCAGUGGCAGACAGCCAUGGACACACAAAUGGCAUCCUGGAAGUCCACAGGCACCUACGUUGACGAGGUUCCCCCACCUGGGUCGAACAUCGUAAGUGGCAUGUGGAUUUUCAGGGUGAAGCGGCCGCCGGGUUCUCCGCCUGUCUUCAAGGCGCGUUACGUUGCACGAGGCUUCAGUCAGCGACAGGGAGUUGACUUCUACCAGACCUUCUCCCCCACCCCGAAUAUGACCACUCUUCGGGUACUGCUGCACGUCGCCGCUCAGCGUGUCUACGAGCUUCACUCUCUUGACUUCAGCACUGCUUUCCUACAGGGCAGCCUGCACGAGGAGAUCUGGCUGCGCCGCCCACCUGGCUUCACUGGGUCGUUUCCUGCUGCUACCCAGUGGAGCCUCCGACGGCCAGUCUACGGUCUCCGCCAGGCGCCUCGCGAGUGGCACGACACACUGAGGACGACUCUUGCGGCUCUUGGGUUUGCAUCUUCUACUGCUGACCCGUCACAGUUUCUACGCACCGACACUUCGCUGCCGCCGUUCUACAUCCUCGUGUGCGUCGACGACUUGGUCUUUGCCACUGCUGACACUGAGGGACUCGCCCACGUGAAGUCGGAGCUGCAGAAGAGACACACGUGCACAGACCUGGGUGACCUGCGCAGCUAUCUUGGCUUGCAGAUCACCCGGGACAGAGCACAGCGCACCAUUACCUUGACUCGGUCACACAUGGUGCAGCAGGUCCUUCAGCGCUUCCGCUUCGAGUACUCCUCGCCACAGGCCACUCCUCUGCCUACCGGUCACUCGCUCUCAGCUCUGCCUUCGGAUGAGUCUGUAGAGCCGAGUGGCCCGUAUCCAGAGCUUGUGGGCUGCCUCAUGUACCUGAUGACCUGCACUCGACCUGACCUUGCUUACCCUCUUAGCAUCCUAGCACGCUACGUUGCGCCCGGGAGACACCGACCAGAGCAGUGGAAGGCCGCUAAGAGGGUGAUGCGCUACUUGUGCAGUACGUCGGGCAUGGGGUUCGUGCUUGGAGGACGGGCUUGA